AUGGAUGUGGAGGAAGACACAGAGGAAAGUUCAAGAUCUGGUAGAGAAUCUGUUUCCACAGCAAGUGACCAGCCAUCCCACUCACUGGAGAGACAGAUGAAUGGAAGCCAAGAUAAAGGCGACAGAAAAAAGGCUGGAAAGGAAAAGAAGAAAGAUCGAGAUAAAGAGAAGGAUAAAAUUAAGGCAAAGAAAGGAAUGCUGAAAGGUUUAGGAGACAUGUUCAGAGAUGUAGGGCCUUCAUUAGGUCUGAAGAAAUCCAGCUCAUUAGAAAGUCUGCAGACAGCCGUUGCUGAGGUGACUCUCAAUGGUGAUAUUCCCUUCCACCGCCCCCGCCCACGAAUUAUCCGAGGACGAGGCUGCAAUGAAAGCUUCAGAGCUGCCAUAGACAAAUCGUAUGAUAAACCCGUAGCAGAUGAUGAUGAUGAAGGCAUGGAAACUUUAACAUUAUACAUUCUUUAUGCAGGUACAGAGGGCCUGGGAUUUAGCAUUACUUCAAGAGAUGUUCCAAUUGGUGGCUCUGCCCCAAUUUAUGUGAAAAACAUCCUUCCAAGAGGUGCAGCUAUUCAAGAUGGGAGACUAAAAGCUGGAGACCGAUUAAUUGAGGUAAAUGGAGUUGACUUAACAGGCAAAACUCAAGAGGAAGUUGUGUCCUUGCUGAGAAGCACCAAGAUGGGAGGGACCGUCAGCCUCCUGAUUUUUCGACAGGAAGAAACAUUCCAUCCAAGGGAACUGAAUGCAGAACAAAGCCAGUCACAAAUUCCAAAGGAAACGAAAGCAGAAGAAGAAGAGCUUGUUCUCACACCUGAUGGCACCAGGGAAUUCCUGACAUUUGAAGUUCCACUUAACGACUCUGGAUCAGCUGGACUUGGUGUGAGCGUCAAAGGGAAUCGGUCAAAAGAAAAUCACGCCGAUUUAGGAAUCUUUGUCAAGUCCAUCAUUAACGGUGGAGCAGCAUCCAAGGAUGGCAGGCUCCGAGUGAACGAUCAACUAAUAGCAGUAAAUGGAGAAUCAUUACUAGGCAAAACAAAUCAAGAUGCUAUGGAAACUUUAAGAAGAUCCAUGUCCACUGAAGGAAACAAACGAGGAAUGAUUCAGCUUAUUGUGGCAAGGCGAAUAAGUAAAUGCAAUGAGCUGGAGUCACCUGGGAGCCCCUCUGGUCCAGAGCUGCCCAUAGAGACACUUCUGGAUGACAGGGAGCGAAGGAUUUCCCAUUCCCUGUACAGUGGGAUUGAGGGGCUCAGCGAGUCGCCUACAAGGAAUGCUGCACUGAGCAGGAUCAUGGGUAAAUAUCAGCUUUCUCCAACAGUAAACAUGCCCCAAGAUGACACUGUCAUUAUUGAAGAUGACAGGCUGUCUGUACUCCCUCCGCACCUCUCUGACCAGUCUUCAUCCAGUUCCCAUGACGAUGUUGGGUUUGGCACUGUUGAUACUGGUGGAUGGGCUAAAGCUGCAAUUAAUGAGUCGACAGACUGCACUCUUAGUCCAGAUGUUGAUCCAGUGCUUGCCUUCCAGCGAGAGGGUUUUGGACGCCAGAGCAUGUCAGAAAAGCGUACAAAGCAGUUUUCAGAUGCCAGUCAGUUGGAGUUUGUUAAAACACGAAAAUCCAAAAGCAUGGAUCUAGAUUCUGAAGUGCGGAAGCUAGUAACCUUAAACAUAGCUGACGAGACUAAGCUCAGUACAAUGGAUGACCAGAAAACAGGUAAGAAUUGACAGUAAGGCUGUUGC